AUGUUGGAUUAUUUGGCUCUUGCAUAUGUGGUGGCAGUGAAAGUAUUCAAAAAAACUACUCCUAAUGGAAAAAUAACUGUUUACCUUGGUAAACGUGACUUCAUUGAUCAUAUGGAUUACUGCGACCCUGUAGAUGGUGUUGUCGUGGUGGAUACCGAAUACCUGAAAGGAAGAAAAGUUUACAGCCAGCUUGUGACUACAUACCGCUAUGGUAGAGAAGAGGAUGAAGUGAUGGGUGUGAAAUUUUCGAAAGAAAUGGUAAUCGGACAAGAACAAGUUGUACCUCUGAUCAAUGCGAAAAUGGAAUUGACGCCAGUGCAAGAAAAGUUAUUGAAGAAACUCGGACCUAAUGCCUACCCCUUCACGUUUAACUUCCCUGAAAUGGCCCCUAGUUCGAUAACACUCCAACCUGCUGAAGAAGAUCAAGGAAAACCUAUGGGUGUUGAAUAUUGCGUCAGGACUUAUGUAGCUGAAAACGAAGACCAGAAAAGCCAUAAAAGAAGCUCUGUAACUCUUGCUAUCAAGAAGUUGCAACACGCUCCAACUUCUCGUGGACGUCGUCUUCCGAGCUCUCUGGUGAGCAAAGGAUUUACCUUUAGCAACGGUAAAAUUAACUUGGAAGUAACUUUGGAUCGAGAAAUAUACUAUCAUGGAGAGAAAAUCGCAGCUAACAUUAUUGUUUCCAACAAUUCACGGAAAUCUGUACGAAAUAUACGUUGUAUGGUAGUACAGCAUGUAGAGAUUACAAUGAUCAACUCUCAAUUCAGUCGACAUGUUGCUUCACUGGAAAGUCGCGAAGGAUGCCCUGUAACGCCUGGGGCUAGUCUUUCAAAAACUUUUUAUCUGGUGCCUUUGGCUCGCAGUAACAAGGACAUUCGAGGUGUGGCAUUGGAUGGUCAUUUGAAGGAAGAUGACGUCAAUCUGGCUAGUUCAACUCUUGUGGCUGAAGGAAAGUGCCCAACCGAUGCUAUUGGUAUCGUUGUAUCGUAUUCUGUUCGUGUGAAAUUGAAUUGUGGCACUCUUGGUGGAGAAUUGGUUACUGACGUGCCAUUUAAAUUACUUCAUCCCGCAGAAGGUACUGUUGAGCGUCAACGCUUCAAUGCCAUGAAGAAAAUGCAGUCAAUUGAAAGACAUCGCUAUGAGAAUUCUCUUUAUACCAACGAAGAAGAAGACAACAUCGUAUUUGAAGACUUUGCUCGCCUUAGAAUGAAUGAACCCGAAUAAACAUAAAAUUAUAAAAACAAAAAAAAGAGAAAAAUUUACAAAAAAUUUAAAAAGAAAUACAUCGUAAACAACCAAAUCAAUAUCCAUCAUUACAUAUUCUUAUAUGUUCAUUUUAUUUCAUUGAGUAGUUACGCGAAAUCAAAUAUCAUUCGCUUUUAGGCUACAGAAUUGCGUAGUAGUGUA